AUGACAAAUGCAGUUGAAUGCGGACAAUUGGAAACAGUUAGAUUCCUUCAUCUCAAUAGAACAGAAGGUCUUGUUCAACGAUUACCAUAUUUUAGAGAUGGAUCAAUAGAAUAUUGUCAAACUUUGGAAUACGUAUUAUCUAAUCAAUUACUAGACAAAAGUGUAUUUAAUAGUAGUGAGGGAGGAAUCCCCACAACACCCAACACCGACAGAGAAUACGAACUUUAUCAUCUCUAUAAGCAAUAUUUAAUACCAACUAAAGAUGGUCAUGAUUAUAUUAAACGAUAUAAAGAUAGAUGUCUGUCUGUCUGUCUGUCUGUCUUUCAAUAA